AUGUCAUCGCAGGGGACACAUCAGAUUUCCCCUCCUCUCGUACCAGCCUCUCCUCCUUUAACUGGUGGCGUCCGGCGUCAUCACACGAUCUCAGCGUCAUCUCGUGCAGCGAGGGCUGGUGCCCGUGCUGUCAUUUCUGAAGAAACACAGGACCAGCAACUGUGGAAUGAUGAUGAGCCCGUCGACGAGGAUUGGGUUGGUGGAGUUGGCGCGGUGGGAGAGAAAACAGUCUCAUUGCACCGACAAAGCUCUCUCCCCACCAAGUAUAAGGCCUUCCAUGGGCAGAAAGGCUCACGACAGGCGGGGAAUCUCACUCCAAGGACUAUGAAUAGUUUGUCCGCUAUCGCUGGUCACGAAGGCGACGAAGAAGACUGGGAGAGUGAAAUGAGAGGGUUCCAGAAUGACGACGAACACGAUAUGUCCAACUCUGAGUCUGCCCAGCAUCAACACGUCGUUGACGCCCAAUCCCAGCCGUCUACGGGCAAUCCAUCUCCUCUGUCACCUCAAUAUUCAACUUCGCACGUCCCUUCCCCACCUCCCGCCGGGUCAGGCGUGCGGCGCCAUCAGAGCCUGACUUAUGGGGCUCAGAGUGGUGUCAGGCAAAUGACCUCUUCGGGGCUCAAGCGUGCUGGGACUGUUCAAGGAAGUGGACGUCAUCCCUCAGUCGGACAUAGCCCCAGCCCCCCACAUGGAGAGGAGGAGUACAUCGAGGAACAGGAGCUUGUCAAUCCCUACGAAGACGAGUCCUACUUUGGCUCCCGUUCCCCUGUGCCUGGCCAACAGCAGCAGCAAUAUGCUGUACAAGGACAAUAUCCAGCAAGCCCUAUGGGGCGGUCCUCUCCAUGGAACGCACCCAACACUGGGGAGUGGCGGACCCCUGGCGGAUCAUUUUCCGCAGCAGGAAAUCCUGAUGACCUCGCGCGUGCUCUGUCCGGCCUCGAAAUCAACAGCAAUAUCUAUGUCAGUAAUAUGGGAUAUCAAGCAGGACAAUCUGCCCAUCCUCCUCGGUUCCAACCCACUCAUCCACCCCCCGUCCUUUCCCCUGGUAUGCGCUCGGGCAACAUUCAGGGCGCCGGUAACGGCUCUCGCAAAUUGCAGUUGAACACUGAUCUUGAUGGGCGUAAGACCCCAACUGCGCAGCCCGGACCAGCGCCUGUCAGCGUCCCCGUGUACGCCCAGUCCGUUGGGGCUCAACAACAAAUGCAUCAAUCGCGCGCUGGUCCCAUGAACGACGCUGAACGUGCAAUGACUGCCACCGGUACUACGUCUUGGGAGCAAAAGGAGAAACUUGGCCAACGCACUUCUAACCCCAACCUGAACUACCGAUACAAUCAGGGUCAAAAAAACAACAUCCCUAAUGUACCAUCCAUUCCUCCGCAGUAUCUUAACCAACAAAGCGGUCAAGCUCCGCGAAUGGGGAAUUCCUUUGGCCAAGGACAGACACAAAGUGAGAAUAACGCCCAACCCGUUCCCGGGUUCGUCAACACUCCGGUGGACGUUCCGACCCUGAUUGCUGGAAAGGGUUACAAUCCGCCCAAUUUCGAUGUUCGUCCUGGCUUUGCCCGCUACUUUGUCAUUAAGUCAUACACGGAAGAUGACGUUCACAAAUCUUUGAAAUACGAGAUAUGGAGUUCUACUGAUCCCGGCAACAAGAGACUUGACAAGGCCUUCAAAGAAUGUGGUGGGAGGGGUCCCAUCUACCUUUUCUUUAGCGUGAAUGCCAGGCAAGUGAGUUGCGGACAUUUUUGCGGAAUGGCGGAAAUGUUAACUCCAGUGGACUACACAAGAAGCAGUACGGUAUGGGCGUCCGAUAAAUGGAAAGGUGUGUUCAAAGUGCGAUGGAUCUUCGUUCGUGAUAUUCCGAACGCCAAUUUGAGGCACAUCCGCUUGAAUAACACUCAAGAACGCAAGCCAGUGACAAACUCCCGAGACACCCAGGAGCUGUUACCUGAAGCUGGUCAAGAAAUGCUCCGUAUCUUCCACACCCACCCUGCGAGAACUUCUCUGCUGCAGGACUUUGCCUUUUACGAGCUUCAAGCGAUGCAGAAGAUGCAGGUAAAUCAGCAGCAACAAGGGGGAACAUCCGAUGGUCCCACACCACCAUCACAAUCUCCUCCCCCACAACAGGCUAUGUUCUCGAUGAACAUGGCGAACAUGGCGAACACCCCUGCUAUGUACGGCGCAAUGUCGCCGGCCAUGGGUGGUGCUUUGUCUCCGCAUUUGCUCUCUAUGCAAAUGGGGAUGGGCAUGAUGAGCCCACCCUUCGGUAUGCAGCAGACUCAGGCCAUGCACCAGAGUGUCAUGCGUCACCCCAGCCCUGGUCCCCCUGGACAGAACUUCAUGGGUAUGGGCAGUGUGCCCUACUAA